UUUAUGCAGAGAGAGAGAGAGAGAGUGUGUGAGAAAACGGAGAGCUGGGGAAAGGGGCAUGAAGCUGAUUCUAAUUAAGAAACAUGCCAGAAACACUACCUAUACUUCUACGGCAGACCCCUUUUAGUCUCCGGCGCCGUUAAAUACAGUAAUUUCUGUUAUUAUUAUACACACAGAUGGGGAGAAUGCGGAUGUCGUCGGAAGACGUGGUAUUGGUCGAGGAAAGUAAGAAUUCCGGUGAUCCAACCGUCGUCGCGGUGAAUUGUCCCGAUAAGGCAGGACUCGGUUGUGACCUGUUAAGAGUUGUCCUCGAGUUCGGACUCUACGUAACCCGUGGAGAUUUCUCUACAGACGGAAAAUGGUGUUACAUCGUUUUGUGGGUUGUUGCACGCCCAAUCUCACUGAAAAUUGAUUGGCAGAGCUUCAAGAAUCGUCUUGUAUCUUGUUGUCCAUCAUGUUUGCCUGCUUUCUAUCUCGAUCAAUUGUCUGGUAGUUCUAAAUCACCUCCACUGUACCUGUUGAAGGUUUUCUCUUUUGAUCGAAAAGGGUUAAUUCAUGAUGUCACAAAACUCCUAUGUGAACUUGAGCUAACAAUUCAAAGAUUAAAAGUGAUGACAACCCCAGAUGGCAAGGUCUUGGACCUCUUCUUCCUUACAGAUAGCAUGAACAUAUUACACUCGAAAAUUGGACGAGAAGAAACAUGUGAGCACCUUAAUGUCGUGUUAGGCGAGUGUUGCAUCAGCUGUGAACUUGAGCUAGCAGGACCCGAGUAUGAAUGUCAACAAGGGUCUUCUUCCAUUCCUGAAGCAAUUGCAGAAAAACUGUUCAGCCCUGCCAUGGACGAUCGUCCACAAGCUCUCAACUAUGCAUCUGAGGCUACUGUAAUAGUCGAUAAUCUACUGAGCCCAGCUCAUUCGUUGCUCCAAAUACGAUGCCGUGAUCAGAAAGGUCUCAUCUACGACAUUUUAAGAAUUUCUAAGGAUUGUGAUAUUCAGAUUGCAUACGGAAGGGUCACUUCUAGCGUUAAUGGGUACCGGAGUUUGGACCUAUUUAUUCAAAACGAAGAGGGGAAAAAGAUUGUGAAUAGUGAGAAGCAAGUUGGUCUAUGUUUGCGGCUGAAGGAGGAGAUGCUACAUCCAUUGAGAGUUAUGAUCAGCAACCGCGGCCCUGAUACAGAACUUCUGGUUGCUAAUCCCGUCGAGCUAUCUGGGAAGGGAAGGCCUCGUGUCGUGUAUGACGUCACUUUUGCAUUGAAGACACUUGACAUAUGCAUCUUCUCGGCCGAGAUCGUAAGACAUUCAACAUUAGAUCGGGAGUGGGAAGUGUACCGAUUCCUAUUAGUCGAGAAUGGAGGAUUUGCAGUAAGCAGCAAAGGAGGUAAACAGGAUGUGGUGGAUGAAGUUAGAAGAAGACUGAUGGGGUGGUAAGUGGUAAAGCAUUAAGCAGCAAGUGUUAGAUGGAGGAGGAUGUUGCUUAAUUUCAGCCACCUUGUGGAUAACAUGUUCUUGGAAGCUAAAUGUUUUGAAUUUGGUAA